AUGAAACAAGAAGACAGCGAGGCUUUCCAUGAAUUCGUGUUCAAAUUACAAAACCAGGCGAAACGGAGUAAUUUUGUUGAUUUGGACGACAUGGUGAUCGAUCAAGUCAUUGAAGGGUGCAAAUCUACGGAGCUGCGCAAGAAAUUGUUAACCGAGGAUAUGAAGCUGAAUGAUGUUAUGACACUAGGAAAAACGUUAGAAGAAGUGCAGCGGCAGUCUAAGCAAUAUGAAAAGUCAACUUCGUUUGAAGGAGCAGUGGUACAACGCGUACUAGUAAAUCGUCCGGUAAAAAGUCAAAAUACUGACAGCAGACGAUGUUACAAUUGCAACCGUCCAGGCCAUCUAGCGAAGGAUUUAGACAAGUUUGCAGCAAAGAACGCGACCUGCCAUAGUUGUGAGGGCAAAGGGCAUUUCAAAGCGUGUUGUCGAAGGAGAAAACGAGAUUCCCAACAGUGGACAGGACCAAAAAGGGAUAUUCACAAUUAA